CGCUUGAAGUACAAAUAAAAUUGUUAGGUUAAAAGAACUAAUCAGAAAUAACCUAAACCUACCAACCUACUACUAACAUACCAACGAGAGGAACAUGCCAGAAAACCCAAAACUGCCGCAGAGCGCCUCGCCAGUGGCCAGGGCCGGCGCUGGCGACAUCUCGGAACGGGAACUUUCUAGGGAGAGAAGCAAUCUGUACUCGACUCCACAAACACGAAUGCCACGCUCACAUCCAAGGAAACAGCUGUUCUCGUCUCCAGUCAACAAGUUCACUGCGAAGACUCCAAUUCCCAGCUCCAACUUAGCGAGGAUCCGAAGCUGCCUCGAGGAUUAUCGCACAAAAUCUUGCAGGCCACCCAAAAUCGGAACUAAGGCUGCUUCUAUGGAGGAUUUGACCCCUUCUAAACGCAAAGUAGACAGAAAGGGUAUGGAGCUGUCCGUAGUGCGUUCACCUUACCCCAGCAACUCGAAGGAACAGCAGGCGGCUGCAAAAAUUGGACGGUUCAUGCUGAUGACUGCGUGGCGAAGGCGGCGCGAUGAAAUACGCUGUCUACGAAAGACUUUGGAGUUUCAAGUGAGCUGUUCAGAACGGCUGCGUAUCCAAGUGGCAGCGUUGAAAUCUCUGCUAGACUCCGAUAACAUGAAGGUUCGACUUGCUAUGAGGGAACUGGAACGUUUGAAACAGUUGCUCAGGGAGAAGGAUCUGGAAAAGGCUGUUUUGGAAAGGGAGAAAAUUGCACUUGAGGAAGAUGUUUGCGCUGCAGAAGAUCGGAUGUCAGAAAUGAGAAUUGGCUGGAGAAACACUCGCAACGAGUUGGAGUCAGCGCUAGCGGCGCGGGGCUCAGCUGAACAGGCGCUCGCGUUGGAGAGAGCCGCACUCACAGAGCUGAGGCACCAGAGAGACCACGCCUACCGUCGUAUAUCCGAACUGGAGGAAGAUCUAGCCCAGCAUGAGUCACUGCUUUCGUCCGCGGAGCAAGAGGUGUCAGAGCUACGACAAGAGGCAGCCGAGAAUCGCCGCGAGCUGGAGUCUACCAGCGAGGAACUCCACUUGGAGAGAGAGGCGCGAGAGCGUUGCUCGGCGGAGUGCAGCGCGCUGAGUGUGCGUGUGGCGCUCGCCGCUCAGGAGAGCGUCGCUCUGAGCGGAGAGCUGAGCGAACUUCGAGCGCAACUUGCGCGGCUCGAGCGGGAACUGGCGCUCACCAGAGAGCAACUGGACUGGUGGCCACGCCCGCUCACCAAGAUGUUGGGCGUCGCUCGGUAUUGGAUCCGGCAUCCUAUGUCCCUACCAGAAGCAUUGCUGUGGUCGAUCAUACCAGCCGCCGGCAGACAUGGAUGAUCACACAUUAUGAAGAUAAGAAAUCAGUUCUCAAAUUAUCAUUAUUAUGCAAAAUUGUAUUUACUGAUCAUGUUGGGCUCGUUAUUGCUAUGAAAUGAAAUGUAAUCGUUACGUUAAUUAAAUCUAUCGUAUAUAUAUCGUAAUCUAGAUCCAUUAAAAAAAAAGUGUAUUAUUUUUAUAGGAGUAGGUAUAUACUAAUAAUUCAGUUCGGUGACGCUGAUACGUAAUGUGGCUUUUAGCUGCAAACAUGACAUCAAAUGUACUAUUUUUGAAUUUGGUAAGUAUUGUUAUUUCGUGUUAUUUAUAAAUCGAUUAUAUUAUAUAUUUUCUAGGUAAGUUUACUGUCAUAGAUUUUUAAGAAUUUGUUGUAGCUUUUCUGAAAUAAAUACUAAUUAUACAA